UGCUCCGCCGUUAAAUGUACAUUAAUUAGAAACAUUGUGAUCAUUAAUAAAAAUUCGUGAGUGAUAAGCAAAAAUUACCACCAGAUGAAUAAAAUUAGGUAUACCUAACUGAUCAAAAUAAUCCAUUGUUUCUACAAAUACCAAUCGGCGAAUUCGUCAAGGAAAUCAAGAUGACAUCCAACCCAUCAUUCUGCGAAUCCAUGGAUUACUACAACAAUUACAUAAGGGGCUACGUGAAUAUACCAAUAUGUUUCAUCGGAGUCAUCUUCAAUCUAUUCAACAUACUGGUAUUUACAAGGAAAAACAUGAUUUCAUCGGCCAAUCUGAUAUUCACCAAUUUGGCCAUUGCAGACUUACUUACUUUAUUGAGCAGCAUUCCAAGUUUAUGGAUAGGCUUCUUUCAAUACUACAUCGCCCUUGUCCAAGGAGAUUAUGAAAAUUGGACUCACACACGAGCGGUAAUUUAUUUAUACAGUAUAGAUUUCGUCGAGAUUUUUACCAAGAUAUCAGUAUUCUUGACAGUAAUGUUGGCCAUAUGGAGACACAUCGCUAUAGCACAUCCAUUAAAGGAACGGUAUUGGUGCAGUAUGAAGACUACAAGGAAUACAGUGAUAGCAAUUUACGUUAUUAGUGUUUUGUUCAGUAUACCGCUAUACUUUUCUUAUAGAAUCUUAAGUAUUAACGGCACUGAUAUGUAUUAUCUUCCUCUUGAGGUAGAGAAUUCAAUUCUGCUUGAUAUUUCAUUCGCAAUCACAACAGUGCUAAAACAAAUACUGCCAUCGGUUGUCCUGCCAAUAUUUUCUUUCAAACUGAUCGUUGCCCUAUUAACAAACCAACGCAAUAAGGAAAAGACAAUUUCAUCUUCAAAUACUCGAAAUAAGACCAGAAACCUGAAAAUGAAACAACAAGUCAAUCGAUCAAUAAUCAUAACGUUGACAGUUUUGGUACUAUUUUUAAUUAUUCGACUUCCCGCAGGGCUGUAUAAAUUAAUCGAUCCAAUACCUGGCGUUCAUAAUGAGCUGCCUUUUUUUGUACAUAAAUGUUUUGAACGAGUGAGAUUUAUAGUAGAAACUUUGAAUGUGAUCAAUAUGUCUAUCACGUUUAUGGUAUAUUACAUCAUGAGUCAAAAUUUUAGAGCCACGUUUAAAUCUUUAUUGUUCAAGAGUGAUGGUUUUUCUCCUCGAAAAAUGAACCUGCUUCCUUUGGGAAAUACAAGAAAAAUUGAUACGAUUCCUGAAACUGACCAGGUUUAUUGAUAGAAUAAUUUCAGUAGUACCUAUGCAGCAAAUAGAGAACUCAUUAUUGAGCUAAUUAGGUACAUAAAAUACCUAUCUCAGAAACGGAUAAUUAUGCUUUUUAUAAUGUCACAUUCCAUUUUCCCUAUUAUCAAAUCGUAAACGCUCAUCCCGGAAGAUCGCAUUAGAUAAUGGAAUAUCAUAAUUUUAAGCUUAUCACUGAUGAUUGGAAUUUGAAUGUCAGACUAACACUUCGUCAUAAAUAACUGAUAGAUAUGAAAUUUUUAUCGAAAUUUUAUUCGAUGAAAAAAUUAACAAAAGCAAGCGCAAAGAGCACAAAUUCAUGUUUUUUUUAUUGGAUUCUGAGACCAAGGUUAGGUAGGUAUAUUAUAACAAAGUGAGAAAAAUAAAUCGCUUCGAGUAGAUUUUCUCAAAUUUUUCAUUGGGCCUUUAUUUGGAUGAUUAUCAGUACCUCGAUGAAUGAAUUAUAAAAUAAGGUGUAGGUGAUAAGCGCUACGUAAAUUUCUCAAAAUAUAACAGCUAAAUUACUUAGGUACAUAUUGCAAUAAUAGUACUAGGUACACAAUGUAAUUCGAAUGGAAAUUGUUUAUAUAGGUACCUACCUAUGUAUU